AUGCCUGGCAUUGUUCGUAUCUUGGCCAUCCCCCAUUGUGCCACCCCGGCAGCCAUACGGCAGCUAUUAUCGCACCACGGGACCAUAGAUAGAAUAUACCUCAAGCCCGAGAACAACGCUAAUGCAGUGGCCCGAGCCGCAGGAGCGAACGAACCUGUUCACACAAGGUACAUAGAUGGGUACGUGGAGUUUGCAGAUGCAUCCCAAGCUAAAUUCGUCUGUCAAAUACUUAACGGAAGGUCAAUGUCUUACGGACUUGCACGCGAAAAGAAAUCCCGCUUUUCAAGAUAUGUUUGGCGGCUGGCACACAUGCCAAACAUGGAAUGGACAGACAUUAACUAUGAGCAUUCGUGUUUGUCACGGUCACGGGAGGCCAUAAUAAAGGCAGAGCUGGCCACCAGAUCAAAGAAUCUCGGAGAUUAUUUGUUACGCUUGCAGCGGACUCGAGCCAGGAGAAAUAUGAGCAGUAGUGAAGAAGAGAGCUCAAGCAGUACUGAGGAAGACGGGCCAGGUUAUCGCAGGCACCCUGUCAUCCGCCAACGGGGGAUUCGAAGUGAAAAAGGGCGAAUUGAUUGUCUACUUGGAUUGCUGUGA